AAGACAUAUGUAACCAAAAGCAUAUAGUUUGAGACUUAUAUAGCCACCAUUUUUAAACCAUGACUUUGGGGGUCAAAAUGAAAUGAAAAGACAAGCAUGCCCUUACUAAUUAGUGAAUAAAAAUAAAACAAAAUUUAAAUAGUAUUUGACUUGAAAGAAAACUGAUAAAACAAAAUAAAAAAUCAAACUUUGACUUAAGAAUUAAAAAAAAAGGCCGAUAUUCAUCUUUCUUCUUCCCCAUUUCAAAACCAUCGAACCGUUCCCCUUCCCCAUUUCAAAAUUUCCGUCCGUUCCCCUUCCCCAUUUGCAUUUCUUCACGGCGACCGUCGACUAACCACUUUCGUUCUCGGCGAUUCUUCACGGCGCAACCUCCAGCGCCUCUUCUCCCCGACGACUCCAGCGGGCGACGCUUAGGGUUUCAGCGGGCGGCGCUUAGGACGGAGACAGAGCUCCAGCGGCGGCAGCGAGAGAGCUUCAGCAGCAGCGGCGCACGAUGGUUCGUAAAAUAGUCGGAAAAAAAGCCCCCUUCUCAAAAUCGAAGAGGCAUAAAAAAACCCCUUCUUUGCCUUCGAAAAAAUCAAAAAUGUCUAAGCAACAAGUUGAAGAACCUGCGACGGUGGAAGAGCACACCACUACCGCUGCCGGGAGUCCAUCAACGGCGACGAUGGACGAGCAAAUCGUUGAAGAACAACCUCCAAUGGAAGAACGCCGAUUUAAAUGGGUGAGGCCCGAAUUGCAAGGAUAUCAAGCGCGCACAAAUCUUUAUGUGCGUGUUGAGGUGCUAACCCGGAUUCGACAAAAGCUUCAUAGCAUGGGUAUGGAAGAAAGGUUACUCGAUGGAACAUUUGGACAUUUAGCCCAAAUGAGGCGCUCGAGCAGCGCCAAUAAUGCCCUGUCCGAGUUCAUUGCUCGAGAAUUGCAUGAUGUUAGCUUCCCAGCGUUCGAGCAGCGCUAUUUUGUUGGUGGGCAUGAGAUUAGGUUCACAGCCCGGGAUUAUGCCUUAGUCACGGGGCUUAGGUUCGGUCCGUGCAAAUUCGACCCAACAAAGGAUGAUUAUAUCAUCCCCGACAGCCUGCACAUGCGUCAUUUUCAGGGCGGGAAAGUGAGGGUUAAGAUGUUGGAACAUGAGUUCAAUACGGGAUUAUUGAGGGAUCCGGCUGAUUACUUGAAGGCUGCCUAUAUAAUUAUCCUAUACCAAAUCUUGAUUUGUCGUGGGGAUACCUUAUGGAUAGAGGACUGGGUGUGGGCCUUAGUAGAGGACGAGGAUGCAUGGGCGAGUUUUCCGUGGGGAUCCUACAGUUUUUCCAUUUUAUGCCAUCAAAUGAGUGUGGUGGCAAAACAUCCAAACCAAAUCCAGAGUACGCGAAGGACAUAUCAUAUCUUCGGCCCUGUGUGGGCAUUUCAGAUAUGGAUGUACGAGGUCCUCCCUAAAUUGGGAAAAUUGUGUGGGAAGCGUGAUAGCGACACGAGCAUUCCUCGCUUCUUGCACUGGGACACGCAUGCUGCCCCUUCUGUUGAUUUUUCUGAGUUUUUCGAUCGUCAGCUGGCGAUUACGCCUAUGGUACCUACUCCUAUGGAGGAAGCCCAGGAGUUCUUUCUCAGUGUUGUGAGAGGGGAUCAUAUGAAGGUGGUUUUCCAGCCUUCGAAAAGGCAUGCCGCCAAGAAACUGCUAGUAGAUGAAGAUAUUGAGGAGGUCGAAGAAGAUGAGCCACCUAAGAAGAGGAAAAGAGGGCAGCACAAGUCCAAAGAAGAUGAGCCACCUAAGAAGACGAAAAGAGGGCAUCAGCCUGAGUCAAGUGCAGCGGCCGAGAAGCGACAGCGGAGACAUUCUCCAGAGCCCGCACAACCAUCUACUACUUGCUGCUUGCAUGGAUUACCAUGCCAGCAUGCAGAUAUUGACGAGGAGGCUCACUUUGAGCGCUUGGCUCGAAGAAUAUCUCCUCAUAUGCUGCUGGAUGACUCUGAGAAGGGUUGGAUAAGCCGUUUAGCGCAUAAAUUGCUUGAUAUUUUUAGGCAAGAAGCGGAUGAGUCACCCUCUGUCAGUGCGACUCCAUCAUCAGUGAGUCGUGGCGGUCCAAUUGCAAAUAGGCCUCUUGUCGAGUCUGAGGUAUACCAGAGCCAGCAGAAUGAGCAACAGGUGGCGGGUGAUGUUUUAGUGGAGACGAUAGAAGAGCAGGUGGAGGAGCAAGUGGAGGAGCCGCAGCCGCAGCAGGUGGAGGAGCCACAGCCGCAGCAGGUGGAGGAGCACGUGGAGGAGCAGGCCGAGAACGAGCCGAGUACGCCGUCAGUUCAUUUUGAUGAGGAUUCCCCUGAGUCGGAUGAAGACAUGCUUCCCCCUGAUUUGGGUCCACGAGUGUCACGUCCCUCUGCGGCCUUGAGGAGCCCGUAUGAGUCGGGUGUUAGUACUCGUGCUCCUGGUACCCCUGCUAGCCUGAAAAGGCUAUACAAAGAAUUUAGAUCGAAGCCGGCUGAUGCAAAAGUGGUAGUCAGAUCUACUGGGCAUGACUUUGACAAUGCCACUUUUGCGGACAUCGAGGAUAUCUCUGUUGAGUUCACCGGGAAGAUAAUUGAUUGCUAUUUGAUUUACAUGAGAGAGAGAGUGAAGAAGAAAUGUGGCAUAUUUCCAUCGGUGAACGAAAAGUUGACAAAAAUUGUUGGAUGUGAAUUCUAUACGAUAUUGAAAAGUGAGUUUGAAAAACUCCACGGACCAAAGCCGACUGGAGUAGGCCAUGGGGUGAAAAGCCUCUACGGUUUUUGGAAGCCACCGAAGGGAUUGGUGGCAGACGUCGGGGAAUGGAAGCAUGCGAAGCAGCUUAUUAUCAUAUGUAAUGUCGGCGGCUGUCAUUGGGUCGUCCUUCGUGUACGAUUGCACGAAUGGAUUGCUGAGUUGUACGACUCUUUGGCAUACAAGUAUGAUACUGAGGCCGGGGUUUCAUUAUCCCAUCGUGAGUUGGAAUUGAAGCCUAUUACUCGUCUUCUUCCCCGACUCUUGAGGCUGUCUCACUACUGGAAGCAUCACGAUUCGAAGCUGGAGGAACUGUAUGAGAUUCUACUGAAAUUGAUGCCUGCGUCGGAUCAAUUUUGUCAGACGGACUCAACGAGUUGCGGCCCCUUCUGCACCAUGAUACUCGAUCGUCUCGUGACGAGUACAGAGCAUCACCGAGGGUCUAUCGACGAGCAGUACCUGUCCCAGUAUAGACUUCGCGUUGGUCGUCGGAUCUUUUCUGUUACUAUGUGAUAACAUUUAGUUAGAUUAUGAUUUGGGAUGUUUUGAACUAUAACUUAGGUUGUUUUGGAUGUGUAC